UGACAGUCUGACUCUUCAAGGGAAGGGAGCAAAAGAGAUCCAAAAGUAUCAUCGUUUCCCGUCCGUCUCAAUUAUUACCCGGCGAUUCAGCAGUAACCAGAUAGAACCCAUUUCCUAUCGUGAUUGGAUUAACAUCUCCGCUCACCUUUUCCAGUAAUCCCUCUGACGCAUUGAAUUUGGUAUCCAUGAUUCUGUUGCAGUCGCAUUCUAGAAUUCUCAUCGAGACCUUGUCGAACCGGGUCCAGAAUCUUGACAAGGCAGUUGAGCUCGAUUACAACUGGGUUGAAUUCGGAGAUAUUCGGUACCAUGUUCAGGUGUCAGCAAAGAACCCCAACGUUCUGCUUCUGUCUGUGUCGCUGCCUGUCCCACCUCCAGAAACCGUGUUCGUGGGGGGACUCCCUUAUGGAGCCAUAGAAGCUAUCAAAUCCGCGUAUGGGUCGGUUGUACAGAUUCUUGACCCUCCCAGGGAUGGCUUUAACCUCACUUUGAAAAUCAAUUUGGCUAAACUCCCUACUGAUGAAGAGCGCAAGCAAGCUCUUUUGAUGAAGAUCGCAUCUGUGAGGGAAGUCGUACUAGGUGCUCCACUGAGUGUUGUUCUGAAACAUCUUUUGUCAAGGACUGUUGCUCCUGGUUUAGAUGGGCUUCUGGCCCUUGUUCAUCGCCCUAAUGAGUCAUUUUUCCUUUUUCCUCAGGCUGAAAGGGUGACGGUGGUAUAUCCUAUGAGAUUCAGCGACUCUGUAGAUACUACAUAUGCAGCUUCCUUCCUACAGGAAUUUGUGGAAACAAGGCGUACUGCUGGACUUACUAGUGCCCCUGUGUGUUCCUGGUCUCCUGACCCUCCCCCUGAAUUGAAAGAAGCUUCUGCUGAACCAUUAUCUGCAAAUGCUGGAUUUGUAUCCUUUGUUAUUUAUCCCCGUCAUGUGGAGGGCGGCAAGCUGGACCGGACAGUAUGGAAUCUCUCAACAUUUUAUGCAUAUGUUAGUUAUCAUGUUAAGUGCACAGAGGCUUUCAUGCAUACUCGAAUGCGGAGGCGUGUGGAGGGUAUGAUACAGGCCCUGGAUCAAGCAAAACCAGAGACGGAGGAGAAAACGAAAUCUCCGAACAAUCGAUCCUUCAAAAGGCUGAGCAUCAAAGAAGGCCGAACAAAUUCAAAGUCGUAAAGAAAGGAACUUGGUUUGUGAUGGCCCUCCUCACUAGAUCAACUUGGCCCAUCCAGCUCUGUAGCUGAGGUAGUUGCUGUAUUCUUUCCCUCCGUCCGGUAGGAAAUGGUUGACAUGCAUGAACUCUUGUCUUCAAAAACUCCCACACAGCCGUUAGGAGUCCGAUUUUGGUGGCUUUGUAAGGCCAAUUCGUUUUUGUUUCGUCGUAAGUGCAAUCUUCUUCAUGCUUUGCUUUAGCUCUCUCCAGUAGCUUGGGACCUUGGAUGUAAUCUCUAUAUGAUCGAUCAUCAUAUUCUGGUGUGAGAUCAGACUUUCAACUGAUGUUUUUUAGAUGUCUAUGUCCCUCCCAAUGGAUAAGCCAUUUGUUAGAGAAGAUAAGGCCAACGCAACGCAGGCAGCAGCUGCAGCAGCGUACCAAGUAGUGCAUCAUUUCUUUUUUCUCCACCUAAAAGUGAAAGCCUCAUUUUUUCAAUUUCAAAGAAAAAAAGAAUGGAAAUCUGAAAGUAGAUUUUGCGGGAAAGCGAAAUCAUUGUCAUAU